AGUGAGAAAACAUAUACUUAUCUCACUUUAACUUAUUGCACCAGUUCAGCAGUGCAACUGAAAAAAACAGACCACAUGUGCUGCUGGCUUUACCUAAUGUAGACCAGGGGUAAUAAUACAUAAAUGUGGUGAAAGGACCAUUGAGAAAGAAAGAGAAAGAUAAUACUUGCCGUCGAGAGUUCGCAGCUGUAUGAGAAAUUACGCAUCGGCACGCAACGAUUUCGUGAAAGUAGUCGAAGUUGGCCCCCGUGACGGUUUACAGAAUGAGAAGAAAAUAUUGCCUACUGAGGUUAAAGUUGAUUUUAUCAACAGGUUAUCAAUUACUGGAUUAAGCAGUAUUGAAGUAACAAGUUUUGUAUCGCCGAAAUGGAUUCCUCAGAUGGCAGAUAACACGCAAGUUUAUGAACAGAUCGAGAAGAAAAGCGACGUGUCUUACCCGGUGUUGGUGCCGAAUUUUAAAGGUCUGGAGAGCGCUGUCCGAGCUGGCGUAAAAGAGAUCGCCGUGUUCACUGCCGCGUCAGAGGCCUUCUCCAAAACGAAUAUCAACUGCACCAUCAAGGAGAGCAUAGAAAAAGCUACACUUGUCAUUGAGGAAGCAAAGAAGCACAAUAUCAAGAUCAGAGGUUAUGUAUCUUGUAUCGUUGGUUGUCCCUAUGAAGGUGAAACCAAACCAAAGAUCACGGCCUAUUUAGCUUCAACAUUGUUAGAUCUCGGCUGUUACGAAGUCUCCUUGGGUGAUACUAUAGGUGUAGGGACACCAACUAAAAUUGAGCUUGUUUUAAACGAGUUACUUCAUGUGUCAUCACGCAAUAUGAGUCAUUAUGCACUACAUUGUCAUGAUACGUUUGGACAAGCCUUGGUAAACAUAUACACAGGUCUUGAAAAAGGUAUAAGAGUCUUUGAUUCAUCAGUGGCGGGACUCGGUGGAUGUCCUUAUGCAGCUGGUGCCUCAGGAAAUGUUGCCACUGAAGAUUUGCUUUAUCUCCUGGAAGGACAAGGUUUAGAAACUGGUGUAGAUUUCAAUAAAAUAGUAGAGAUUGGUGAUUACAUCAGCAAAUAUCUUGGUAGAUUGAAUCAGUCCAAAGUUGGAGUAGCUGUACUUGCCAAACAAAAUCAUCCAAAAUGCUAGCUAUACAAUAUUUAGAUCUGAUGUAUCAAAAAUGCAAUUAAAAGAAUUUAAUUUUACAUUCCAAAUGACAUCUAUCAAUAUAAAUUAAUAAUAUUUAUAUUGUGCCAAUUUUAGAGAUUAUAUAAUGUAUAAAAAAUAUAUAAUCAUUUUUAUAUUUGUACGACAUAUAUAUAUACACAUAAUAUACAUGUAAAUUUAUACACACAUGUAUAAAUUUACAUGAUAAUUUAUGGAAAAAUAUUUUUGGUAAUUCAUUAUAACUUAAAGAUUAAUAUUUGAAAAUAAAGGAAAGUUUGACCAGUUGUUGAAUUA